AUGCUUAUGUGGAAGUCUACACCAAAGAAUGCGCUAUUAUUAAAAAAACUGGGGGAUGAACUUUUGGAAGAAGCAAAAAUGGAAGCUAUCGAAGAAGAAGAUCGUGUCAUCGAAAAGGAUCAAGCUCUGCUUCCUGCAUUGUUAGGUAGCUGUAACGAUCGUGCUAAACAGCUUCACGCUUCUCCUUCUGGUAGACUUCUUACUGCACUGGUAUGUGAAUACCUUGACUGGGCACAGCUUAUUUGGUGUAGUGUAGGGACGCCAUUCACCGCUACUACUGAAGCCGGUACUUCAUCAGCUUUAAGCUCAGAUCCUGGAACUUCACCGUUCUGUAUUCCAGAGAUGAAUGGUGAGACGAAGAGAGAAGAAACCAUUAAGGAAAGUCAUGAACUUUGUGAUACAUCAGACACAGAAAGUGAAAGUCUGUCGACAUCUUCGGCUAGCUUUAGAUACCAACCGUGGAUCACAGAAUUGCUUUUACAUCAACAAUCAUCUCAACGCAACGGAGAAAGAUCAGAGGUGUAUCAUGGUAUGCCUCAGGCAACUACAACCAAGGCUUUGCUAGAAAAGUAUUCUAGGCUUGAUAGAGGAGCUGGAAUGGAAAUGUCGGCAGCAUAUAGAAAUGACUCGGAUUUUAGUGGUAAUUUAAGAGAAGCGAUAGCAUUAUCAGGAAAUGCUCCACUUGGUCCACCUCCAUUGUGUUCGAUAUGUCAACACAAGGCACCUGUUUUUGGAAAACCUCCAAGGUGGUUCAGCUAUGCUGAGUUGGAACUCGCUACCGGGGGAUUUUCACAAGCCAACUUCUUGGUAGAAGGAGGGUAUGGAUCGGUUCAUCGAGGGGUUCUACCAGAAGGACAAGUCAUUACUGUCAAGCAACAUAAAUUGGCUAGUUCUCAAGGUGAUGUCGAGUUUUGCUCUGAAGUAGAAGUCCUGAGCUGUGCUCAGCACCGAAAUGUUGUUAUGCUGAUUGGAUUCUGUAUAGAGGAUAAGAGAAGGCUUCUGGUUUACGAGUACAUAUGCAAUGGAUCAUUGGAUUCACAUUUAUAUGGGCGACAAAGAGAUCCAUUAGAAUGGUUUGCGAGGCAGAAAAUUGCUGUUGGAGCUGCUCGCGGGUUAAGGUAUCUUCACGAAGAGUGCAGAGUUGGUUGUAUCAUCCACCGCGACAUGAGGCCGAACAACAUUCUCAUAACUCAUGAUUUUGAACCUCUGGUUGGUGAUUUUGGAUUGGCAAGGUGGCAACCUGAUGGAGACAUGGGUGUGGAUACUAGAGUAAUUGGAACAUUUGGGUAUUUGGCUCCUGAAUAUGCUCAAAGCGGCCAAAUCACCGAAAAAGCCGAUGUUUAUUCCUUUGGGGUGGUAUUGGUGGAGCUUGUUACCGGUAGAAAAGCUGUCGAUCUCACUCGGCCAAAGGGACAACAGUGCCUAACUGAGUGGGCCCGGCCACUGUUAGAAGAAUAUGCCAUUGACGAACUGAUUGACCCGAGACUUGGACGUCUCUAUUUAGAACAUGAAGUCUAUUGCAUGUUGCAUGCUGCUUCAUUAUGCAUAAGGAGAGAUCCUCAUUGUAGACCACGCAUGUCACAGGUUCUCCGAAUUCUAGAGGGAGACAUGGUGAUGGACACAAAUUACAUUUCAACUCCGGGCUAUGAUGUCGGAAAUAGAAGUGGUCGCAUUUGGUCAGAGCCACUGCAGAGACAGCAUCAUUACAGCGGUCCCCUCUUAGAAGAUUCAUUAGAGUCAUCAUUCAGUGGAAAGCUAUCUCGUGACAAGUACAAACCUUUCUAUUGGGAUAGGAGUAGGGACAAGCCUUAA